UGUUUCGAAUGAUCUUUUUUCCCGGUGGAGAUCAAUUACAGGAAAUGAAUGAAAAGAAUUGUCUGUCCGGUUUGGUUUUGUCCAGAGUCCACACUAGGAACGGGUGAUGGAGAUGGGGUUGACUAACAGGCUGACAGGAAGAGUUUCCUUGGAAAAGAAAAAUGAAAAUGGAGGUGUUUUGCAGUCACAUAUCUCUUUCAUGGACUCGUUUCAUCUCUCCUUCUCUUCACAUACCUCACUCUUUCUCUGCAAAUCAGAUGACUGUUUCAGUGACAGGAGCAACUGGUUUUAUAGGUAAAAGAUUGGUGCAAAGACUGCAUACAGUAAAGGACUUUCCCGGAAUCAUAAUUGCAGAGGAGGCAGGGUGGGAGGGUUGCAUUGAAGGAUCAAAUGCUGUUGUAAAUUUGGCUGGAAUGUUCAUAAGCACAAGAUGGUCUCCUGAGGUUGGUGUUGGAAGAUCUUCCAUCCUAGUUUUUAUAUUAUGUUGCCAGACUGACAUAAGCUUUUAGCACAUCAGCAAAGUAGCUUGUUUUUAUAUAUUCCUCCUUAAGUCUCACUUCAUGAGACCUAGAUCUUUUUCAUCUAUUGUGGUUUUUUUUAAUUGAAGGUUUCAGACUAUGCAAGGAUACAGAAUUCUGCUCCCAGCCCCUGAUGUGCGGGCACACACACACACACACACACACACAUUUGAUAGAUGGCAUCUGCUAACUGAUGCAACGGAUUGACAUUUCUUCAGUCUUUAACAACUUUUAAAUUAAGCGCCAAUGACGCCUUAUAUCAAUUAGGUCUCUGUACAUCACUGUUAAAAUGGAUAUGUCUGCGUGUUCUC